AUGGAGCAAAAUUAUUAUGAUGCAAGUGUUGAAGGAAAAAAAUUAUCAUUUUACGAAAAUUGUGAAAAUUGUUAUUUACCAAAACCAAAUGAUUUUUGUACUUUUUGCGAGAAGGAGGAAAUAUUAAUACGUUUAAAUAAGCAAUCUCAACAACAAAUGCAAUUUUGUGAGAAAUGUAAUUCAUUAUUUUCAAGCAACUACUGUAUUUCUUGUAAUAAUAAAUUAUAUGAAGAUAAGGAUUUCAAAGAAAUAGAAAAUGAAGAAAAAUCAAAACAAGCAACUUCUUCACAGAAUGAAGGAAUAUUUGAUUUUGUAAUUCAAAAAUAUUCUUAUACUCCAUUACAAGUUGGUUAUGUAAAUAAUAACAAAAUUUUUUGGUCAGAUAAUGAAUUAUCAAUGGAUGAUAGCACUGAAGUUGAAUAUAAUUUCGCUAUCUCCAAUUAUAGUUAUACUUGUACUAUAGAGGAGAAAUUACAUAAUGCAUUAGCUAUUUUGAAUAUAAUUCAAGGGCUUGGUAUUUCGGUAGAUGAGACGAGAGAAUCUAUUAAUACACAACUUAAAGUGCAAGCAAAUCUUAAAAAAAAUUAUAAAGAAAUAAUUAAUAAGUAUGAAAUUGAAAGACGUGAUUUUUCCAUAGUUAUACCAUUAACUGAUGAAAAGAAAACUUGGAUCAAAAUAUUUGAAGAAGGAAGAAUCGCAAUUGAUGAUUCAAAAUUAUUAAAGAUUUGGAAAUAUACUUGUCCUAGCAGAGAAGAAUAUAUUGCAAAUCCAUGUGAUCGAAUUGAAGCUUUUUAUAAAAUUUCAAAUUAUUGGCGAGGUCAUGAAUUUGAACUAGUUAUUCGAAAGAUUUUAAAUUCUUCUAGUAUUUUGGCUAAUGAGCUCAGGGAGAUGAGAAUGGAUUUUAAAGAAUAUAUUAAAACUAUUGAAAACAAUACCCCUCAAUUAGAAUUAGUUGAUUUUUAUGCAGAAACAUUUGAGAUAGAUGAAAUUAAAUGUAGAAAUGUUUUUAUUAAAAAGAUUAUUAUUAAUUCUUCUCGAUAUAAACCAUAUUAA